AUGUCUGGCAGCGGUAUCGAACAGUCUUCUGGCAUCCGGCAUCCCCAGCCGCCUCCGUUUGGGCGACAAUCAUCAGCUCCCACUUAUGGCCAAUCCCCAUCCGAUGCUCAUAGUCUCACCGAUCACACCUUUCCCCCCUCUACCACCUUGACGAACACCACGUAUCCCUCCCGCCGAUCGGGCCUCGACUCGACCCGUGCCGCUUCCUCAACCCACCUUCCCUCUAGCGGUCAAACCGAGGGCCUAACUGGGCGUGACUCUCCCGAUCCCGACGAUUUUUAUCGACAAACAGGUCCUUUGUCAGCACCCCUUAAGGCAAGCUUCGGAGAUGUGAUGGAUGCAAGGUACAGCAUGGCUGCGGCCCCAUCCAAUCUAAAUGAGAGAGUCUCCGCCGUGCCAGCAAACGUCCUAGACCCUUCACGCACAAGACGCCCAAUCCCUCGUUCCAUAUCUGAUUCGCCGACUUUGGGAGGUGGUCCCUCGGCCGAUGCGUCUUCGACACGCCCCUCAUUCAGAUCUAGGCAGCCUUCCUUUAGAGACCUGGUUAAUAAGUUCAACAAUACGUCUGACUCAGUGCUCCCUCUGCCCACUACUUCUCAAACCACAUCACGCACAGCGAGUCCAACUGGUAGUGAUCGCGGAUCCGAACGCUCCAAUCCUUUGUCGCGACGUCGUCAACCGCGCGAAUCUCUGCCAUCCUCCUUCAAUACUAGCAACCCCAGGCUGCAGGUGGAGUCACUUCAGAGCGAGGAACCGCCGAACCAUUUGACCACCUCGAUCCCCCCUCCGCUCUUCCAACGAGUCACGGAACCUCAUUCGCGGAGACAGCUAUUCGGUGAAUUGUUAACUCUCAAUACGCAAUUCAACAACCCAGGACUAGGAGUUCCUGGGCACGCGAGACGUCGAGGCUCUGACGGAAGCAUAGCGAGUCCGAACCCGGCCUUUUUAAAUCAAGCAAAUCUUGCUCAGCCGCCUUUAACUCCUACCGCGUGGUAUCUUGGAAAAGCGAAUUCUCUUGAGGCAGUUCAAUCGAACGCGAAUAGAAGUCUCAGUCACCGCAGAUCUCGGAGUGAUUUUGUGAGCCCGGCCGGCGAAUCCCUUGCCGAUCCGUGGAAUCCGGAGAUGGCGGUCUCAGCUCCCUUGCAGCAGGGAAAGCCUGGUGACGGCUCCCCGGGCAGUCCGAAUUCCAGAUCCCGCAUUCCAGUUUCCUCGCACCGCCUCAGCUCUGGUUCCGGUACGGAGCCUCUCUCACCUACCGCCAAUCUCACAUUCAGCAACCGAUCAAAUUCCAUUCCACUGGCGCCGAAGGGCACCAGCCGCCUACCUAAACCGGCUUCUGGUACUAUAAGUCCUCCCCGCAUGACGGAAGAUGGUCCCGCUUCGUUUGCAAUGACAGCGCGUGGCCGCCGGGACAUGGCCAUUGGCCGAACCCGUCACUCGGUAUCGGUACCUGACCAAAGUAAACUUUUACAAGCCUACGUCUCCGCUCCUCCUCCUAAAAAGUCACCACCAUUGCGCAGUUCACGACCUCGAAAAACGGUUUCCAUUGCUGGCCCGCCAACACCACGUUCUCCUGAAAUUGGGAGGCGAUUGUCUUCGUUACAAAAAGUUGCCGACCGUAGCACAGACCGGAAUUCUCGUCGAUCCCGCCAAUUACCCGAAUUGGGCAACGUGGAUUUCGAAACUCGUCGACAGCGUAUUCAGCAGGCCUUCAACCGAACCGUCCAAGAGAAUGAACGAAAGGAAGAGGAGGCAGCCGAAUUGCGACGCCGUACACGAGUGGACAUGGUGCCUGAGUAUCUCGAGGAUGAUCAGACAACACCGAGCACUACAAAUAACAACAUUCCAUUAUCCGCAGAAAUGUCCACCACAGUGACGAAACCCACACAACCUGCGAUGGAGGAGGCGAGGGGACCUUAUGCCACACCCCAGCUUCAUCUGAAUACGUCUGUCCCGAUCCCGGAGGAGGAUGUCCAUAACACAACAAUGGAUUCGCCGACACUCGGCUUGCCGGAUGGAUCAUCAAAUGGUGCACAGCACUCGAACGCCCCCGAAAGCCCCACGCCGGAUUCAGCAGGCUCUGAUGGCACUCACAUCGAUCUCGAGCCGCAAACCAAUUUUAUUUCACGAAAGCCUAGCGCGGCUGAAGCUCACCGUACUUUGCUAAACCAUAUUAUGCAGAUUCGGGAAUCAAGCUCUAGCAGUGAGUGUGAUGAGAAUGAUUGCAGCUCUGAGAAUGAAGAAAAACAGUCGGUGAAGAUGAUGCUUGGUGGGAAAUCGUACUUCAGAACCUCGAGCAGCGUGAAUGCCGAAGAAGCUGCACAUGCCGCUAUGGAGCAUUCUAAAGGCGUCGCUCGUCCACCCGAUAACAGAUGGAGCAUGAGCUCCUGGUCAUCUUCCCUCCAAAAUCAGGAUUCUGUUUGCGAUGAAGAGGACAGCGGCGACGACUUGAUUCUCCAGAGACCAACACCAUCAAAGGAGGAACCGUCACAAGAAUCUAGCUCAAUUGUUUCCACACGCCCGGCAUCUUUUGCAGAUGAUGAGCAUGAAGAAGGACCCGUCCAGGAUCUGGGAUUGACCGGCCCCUCUACCAUGGAAAAACAACAAUUCGCAGCAGCCAACUUCUUCGCCACGCCUCCAAGUUUAGCCAAGAAGGGAAAAUGGGACCCACGCCGCGCAACACAACUAUAUCUGGAGCAGUUGACUCAAGGCAGGGCAGCCGACCUUGGCUUAGCUGCAACUCGAGUUUCUCCCGCCUUUCCAUCAGCAACGCGUCCAUCCCCCGGCCUUCCAUCCGUUCCAGAGCCACCUGCCCAGCACCAUUACCACCCAGAGCCUUAUACUAGGACGAAAGAAAGCAGAGACAACAUCCUGCGCGGUGUGAAGGUGCCAGAAAUGCAUGUUGAACCCCCAAAAAAUAACCUAGGAGAAGAGCCAGUAGUGGUCCCCAGGUUCCAGGAACCUAAUGUCACUGCUGCACGAAACUCUCAUACGGCUAGCUUAGUUGGACCGGAUGAUUGGGAAGAUGCUUCACCAUCCAUUAUGGACUGGAUGCAGGUUGCUGCUGAGGGCGAUGGAAUCACGCCAGCAGACGAACGGGCGGACUUUAUGCCCGAUGGCCAUGGCCAUUCACAUGAUCACCACGACCAUGAAGCUUUGCUGGAUCCUUCCAUUGCGCGGAAGAAUGUUCACGUGCAGCCUCAAAUCCCCCCGAAGCAGCAGGUUCCGUCUGCACCACGCGAAAUCGCCCAUAGCGCAGAGAGUAGUGAAUCUUCCUCGCUGCAGCAGAUUGAUCAUAGCCACUCCGAAAAAGCCGAAUCUUCUGCUACGUCUCUAGGCAUAGCCCCCGAGCAUCUGCUACGGGCUGAUCAAAGAGCUGAGCAGCUAAAGAAAUUAUCUCCUUCUCCAGAACAAAGGAAGUUGAAGAAACGCCGCCAUGUUAUCAAGGAACUGGUCGAUACCGAACAUACCUUUGGCCAAGAUAUGAAGGUCGUGGAAGAUAUAUACAAGGGCACCUCUGGAUCGUGCUUGGAUCUCUCCCCCGAUGAUGUGAAAACACUUUUCAGCAACUCCGCAGAAAUUGCUCAGUUUUCUCAGACUUUCCAAGACGCACUCAAGCAUGCUGCUAAAAGCAUCUACGUCAUGCCCAAGUCCCAGCGCUUUAGCAGUAAACGCAACACUAAUCGUCCUGCCUCCCAGGCUGUCGAGGAGCAGAGUCUGCCAGAAGCAGGUGUUUCAGACCUUGAGAAAGAUAGAGGCACCUCGAUCGGUGAAGCGUUUGUCACUCACAUGAUGCAUAUGGAAAAGGUCUAUUCCGAGUACCUGAAGAACUACGAUUCUGCCAACAAGAAACUGCAGGCUCUCCAGCAAAACCCGAAAGUUGUUAUUUGGCUGAGAGAAUGUCGACAAUGGGCGGAUGAUCUGACUACCGCUUGGGAUUUGGAUUCGUUACUGGUGAAGCCUGUGCAGCGAAUUCUUAAAUACCCUCUCCUUCUAAACGAGUUGCUGGAGGCUACGCCAGUCGAUCAUCCUGACCGUGUCCAACUUGUGAAUGCGCGAACUGAAGUUACCAAUGCAUCCGUUCGAAUCAAUGAGAUGAAGAGACGUGCCGAUGUUGUGGAGCAAGUGGUUGGCCGCAAACGAAAUCAAUCUGAUGUUCGUGCUGGUCUGUCCAAGGCUUUCGGUCGUCGAACAGAGAAGUUCCGCCAACAGGUCGGAAUUGUGGAUAUGUUUGAAGACAGAGAUUACGACAUGCUAGCUGCAGCCUUCGGCGAAGGAUUUUUCCAUCUUCAAGUGGUUAUGCGUGACGUGGAAAUGUAUACACGGGAGAUGACACUUUGUAUGGGCCAACUAAAUUCCUUCAUCCUUGGAAUUGAGGCCAUGAUGAAUGUCUCACCCUCGAAUUAUCCCGAACUGGAGAGCAAGUGGCGUCAGUUCAAGGCUGCGACAAAGGAUGUCACUGUUGUUGCCUUGCCUGAACAUAUUACAUUGGUUCGAGAAACUGUUAUUCAACCAAUGAUUACGCUACUUAAACUUCAUGAGGGUCCGCAACGAGUGAUGAAAAAGCGAGACAAACGUUUGCUUGACUAUGGACGCUUCAAAUCUAUCACAGACCGCGGCGAUAAACCCGAUAAGAAGACAGCUGAGAAUGGUGAACAGUUCAUUGCCUUGAAUGAAACUUUGAAAGAAGAGCUACCCAGGCUCUUUAAACUCACCGCCAAGCUGAUGGACGCGUGCCUCAAGAACUUCGUCCAAGUGAGCACCAGCUUCUGGGACGUUAUGCAGAAGAAGAUUGCACCACAGGUGGAUUUAUUCCCUGAGGAAUGGGAACAGGUGAUCAGCGAGUGGAGCAGCGACUACAACUUUGCUGAAGCUCAAAUCUUUUCCCUCGGAAUUGCCAACGGGUCUCUUCUCGCCGACAGUGUGAACUUGGUCAACUUCAAUACACCUACAGUGGGAGGCGGUGUUAAUUCACCUCGACGACCUUCUUUCAGCUCGGCUCGGCGAACAUCCACUGCCAACAGUUCUACCCACCGCCGAUCUAUUGCAGAUGAUUCACCACAUGUCUCCCAAGAAUACACUGGCGUCACCUCGCUCUUCCAGUCUCCCCGCAUAGACAGCUUUUCUACAGCUGCGUCUACGAAUCGACACCGUUCUGGCUCCACUUUCUCUGCACGUGGACAAUCCGAUUCUCCAGAUACCUCACGCAGCUUACAACAUGUGACUCAAGCCCAGCCAUCCGCGUCUGGUACAUCCGAUACCCGCGGCUCUGAGGAAUUUCCCAGCCUACUACCUGCAUUAAGUAUUGAUGGGCCUUUCCUCGCUGAUAUCCUGAAAGCUACGUCUACGUCCACUGACAACGAACGGCCACCGACCCCGUCAAGAUACUCUGGCUUUUUCUCGUCUGCAAUGCCGAUGACUGAUGGCCCCGACGAGCAAGAGUAUGAUGCAUCGCAAAACAAUCUGCCCAACCCUGCCAAUACCAAGGCGCCUCAGGUUUUAUUCCUUGCAGCAAGUCUCUACGAAUUCAGUAUUGACAAAACCCGCCGAGAGGCAGGAUAUGUCUACUUGACCUACGUCGCAGGAGAGAUCUUCGAUGUGAUCGGUGAAAAGGGCGAAUUAUGGCUUGCUCGCAACCAAGACGACUCCUCAAGCCAAGUUGGGUGGAUUUGGAACAAGCAUUUCGCCAAGUUGUCUUCUUAA